AUGGAAGUGGAAGGAAAUCAGACAUUGGUUACCGAUUUUGUCUUGGUUGGGUUUACAACCAACCCAUUGCUACGCAUAAUCCUCUUUGUGGUGUUCUUGGUCUCCUACACCCUAACACUGACUGGGAACCUGGGCCUCAUGGCACUGAUCUACCUAGACUCCCGUUUGCACACACCCAUGUACUACUUUGUGGGCAGCCUGUCCUUUCUGGAUAUCUGGUACUCCUCAGUCUACACUCCUCGGAUCUUAUAUGACUGCGUGUCCAAGAACAACCACAUUUCCCUAGCUGGUUGUGCAGCCCAGUUCUUCUUCUCUGCUGGAUUGGGAUGGAGUGAAUGCUUCUUACUGGCUUUCAUGGCCUAUGACCGCUUUGUGGCCAUCUGCAACCCACUCCUUUACACCACUGCCAUGCCCAAGAAGCUCUGUGUCCAGCUGCUGGUGCUAGGAGCUUAUGUAGUGGGGUUUGCCAAUUCCAUUGCACACACCGCCAACACUUUCUGCUUACGCUUCUGUGGAAGCAAUGUCAUCAACCACUACUUUUGUGAUGUUCCACCACUUGUGAAGAUGGCCUGUGAUGACACACAAGUGUAUGAACUCAUCCUGACUGCUCUCAUUGGUUUCAAUUUGCUGGCAGCCACAGCUAUCAUUGUGAAAUCCUACAUUGGUAUUGUGGCAGCCAUUGUUCGUAUCCAUUCGGCUGCCGGGAGACGCAAAGCUUUCUCCACUUGCUCGGCUCAUCUGCUCUCUGUCUCCCUCUUCUAUGGCUCCAUGCUCAUCAUAUACUCCACACCCAACUCUCAGCACACUCCCAACUGGGACAAGGCAAAUGCGUUGUUCUAUACAGUAGUCAACCCGCUGGUCAACCCUUUGAUUUACAGCUUACGCAACAAAGAUGUGAAGGCAGCCUUCAAGAAAGCCUGGGGGAGAUUCCUAGCACCCAAAUGA